UCCUAAACCCCGAACUCACACUUCUUUUGCAGGAAAUAACGACGUCAUAUUUCGAGUUAACAACACCUUUGUUUCUAUAGUGUUCCAUAUAAUAUGUAUUAUUUCCAUAAGAAGGGCUUUAGAAUUUCAGGGUUCGGUACUGAUAUAUGACGUAACAGUUGAUGGAGACUGAACACAACCAUCAUCAGGUGACCAGAAUGUAAACACAAAGAAGAAAGGCUAACUCUAAGACCAUUGGGACCUCAGAAGAUGAAGCUAAACACUUCAGAAGUGGGUGAUGGUCCUAUGGAAAAGGAGCAGAAUGAAAUGGAGACAAACAGUGACGAAGAUGAAGAAUAUGAUGAGGAAGAGUUCCUGAAACUGAAUGCUGAUCUUGAUGCUCUGAACUCUGCUCUGGACACCAUUGAACAGAGGAAUGAUGCUAUCAAUGAUCGUCUGAGGAAGAUUCUGGAGGAGAAUCGGGCUGCUGUUGAAGAGAUAAAAGAGGAAACACAAUCAUCACAGAUGUAGCAAAACACAGGGAUACAUGUAUAUUAAAAAAGAUAAAAUGUUGCUGCCAGUAUUUAACCCUAUCACUGUGGCGGGCACUUACAGUAUAUAGCUACUAAAAAAAUGAAAAAUCCUAUUCACUGUGGUUUCAAAACUGCCCAGUGAGGUGUUGGACCAUUAUUAUUAGUGGUUAUGUUGUCCAAUGACAACUGACUAUGUGUUGCCAUAGAGUAAAUCGCCAAUUUUCCCCUUUCAUGCAUCAGUAUCACUCAAAAUAUCGGAAAGACUUGUACAAGAACACUGCACUGUCUCAUGUAGAGGAGUAUUCAGAUUAUUUACUGUAAUGGAUUUACUGGACAGCAAAAUGGAUAUCCAUGCACAUUGGUAUGUGCUAAUACAAACGCUGACACUGUACUGUACACUAAUUUGUGUAAGAGAUACAAAAAAAAAUACAAUAGAAAAUUAAAAUUGUAGUAGCUCAUAUUAUGACAGCACUGACUACUUUACUCCAGCAGAUGACAUGCUAUGUAGCAGCAGUAUAAAGUAUCAAUUCCUAAUGAUAAAUAUUCAUUUCAUUUGGUCAGUCCAAGUAUGAAUCUUUUUUUUU